CCCAAUCAUAUAACAAAACAAAAUGAGAUUUCUGUAUAUACGCACAUAUCGUCAAUUCGUAGAAAGAAGUCUGGCAGGAUGCACACCAGACAGAUGGACGGUUGAUUACCUCUGGGAAGUGAAGACAGGAGCAAUGCGUGGAGGUCAGGCAGCAUUGGUUCUGCUCAACACAGGAGGAAAUCAUGCCAGAGAAAGUCAAGUCAUAGAGCUGCCUCCACUGGUCCAAGCCAUCUUCAGCGGUGACCCGGAGGAGAUACGGAUGCUCAUCCACAAGACCGAAGACGUGAACGCUCUGGAUUCUGAGAAGCGGACUCCACUCCACGUGGCCGCGUUUCUGGGAGAUGCAGAGAUCAUUGAACUCCUGAUUCUUUCAGGAGCUCGCGUAAACGCCAAGGACAACAUGUGGCUGACCCCACUGCACCGGGCUGUUGCCUCCAGAAGUGAGGAAGCAGUGCAAGUAUUGAUUAAGCACUCGGCUGAUGUUAAUGCAAGAGACAAGAACUGGCAGACCCCCCUCCACGUAGCAGCAGCCAAUAAGGCUGUCAGGUGUGCAGAAGUGAUCAUUCCCCUGCUGAGCAGCGUCAAUGUCUCCGACCGAGGGGGCCGCACAGCCUUGCACCACGCCGCUCUCAACGGCCACGUGGAGAUGGUCAAUUUACUCUUGGCCAAAGGGGCAAACAUCAAUGCAUUUGACAAGAAGGACCGGCGCGCUCUGCACUGGGCAGCAUACAUGGGCCACCUGGACGUUGUGGCACUGCUCAUUAACCACGGCGCAGAAGUGACGUGUAAGGAUAAGAAGGGUUACACCCCCCUGCACGCUGCAGCCUCCAACGGACAGAUCAGUGUUGUCAAACAUCUCCUGAAUCUGGGGGUGGAGAUCGAUGAAAUCAACGUCUACGGAAACACGGCGCUUCACCUGGCCUGCUACAACGGGCAGGACGCUGUGGUCAACGAGCUGACGGACUACGGUGCUAACGUGAACCAGCCCAACAACGGCGGCUUCACCCCCCUGCACUUCGCUGCUGCCUCCACGCACGGUGCUUUGUGUCUUGAGCUGUUAGUAAACAACGGGGCGGAUGUUAACAUCCAGAGUAAAGAUGGCAAAAGUCCCCUGCACAUGACAGCUGUCCAUGGGAGGUUCACACGGUCACAGACCCUCAUUCAGAAUGGAGGUGAAAUCGACUGUGUGGAUAAAGAUGGCAACACUCCUCUCCAUGUGGCUGCAAGAUACGGUCAUGAGCUUCUGAUUAACACCCUGAUAACCAGCGGAGCUGACACAGCCAAGUGUGGAAUCCAUAGCAUGUUCCCUUUACAUUUAGCAGCCCUAAAUGCUCACUCUGACUGCUGCAGAAAGCUGUUAUCGUCAGGCUUUGAAAUAGACACCCCAGAUAAGUUUGGAAGAACGUGCCUUCAUGCUGCUGCUGCAGGAGGUAAUGUGGAAUGUAUAAAACUCUUGCAGAGCAGUGGAGCGGAUUUCCAUAAAAAGGACAAGUGUGGGAGGACCCCUUUGCACUAUGCAGCUGCAAAUUGUCACUUCCACUGUAUUGAGACACUAGUGACCACGGGGGCCAAUGUUAAUGAAACAGAUGACUGGGGACGGACAGCUUUGCACUACGCUGCUGCUUCAGACAUGGAUAGAAAUAAAACUACGUUGGGAAACGCCCAUGAAAAUUCAGAAGAACUUGAAAGAGCCAGAGAUUUGAAGGAGAAGGAAGCUGCAUUAUGCCUAGAGUUUCUGCUUCAAAAUGAUGCAGAUCCGUCCAUCCGGGACAAGGAAGGGUACAACAGCAUACAUUACGCGGCUGCCUAUGGCCACAGACAGUGUCUGGAACUGCUUCUGGAAAGAACCAACAGUGGUUUUGAAGAAUCCGAUUCCGGUGCUACCAAGAGUCCGCUCCACUUAGCUGCCUACAAUGGGCAUCAUCAAGCCUUGGAAGUCCUUCUGCAGUCACUGGUGGACCUGGACAUCAGGGAUGAGAAAGGCCGCACUGCUCUGGACCUGGCUGCCUUUAAGGGACACACGGAAUGUGUGGAAGCUCUUAUCAACCAGGGUGCAUCUAUCUUGGUGAAAGACAAUGUGACAAAAAGAACCCCACUUCACGCCUCAGUAAUUAAUGGUCACACGCUGUGUUUGCGGCUGUUACUAGAAAUUGCAGACAACCCCGAAGUGGUUGACGUGACAGAUGCCAAAGGACAAACCCCACUGAUGCUUGCGGUAGCAUAUGGACACAUCGAUGCUGUUUCAUUGUUACUUGAAAAGGAAGCAAAUGUAGAUGCGGUUGACAUCAUGGGAUGUACAGCUUUACACAGAGGGAUUAUGACAGGACAUGAGGAAUGCGUGCAAAUGCUGCUAGAACAAGAAGUGUCGAUUCUCUGUAAAGAUUCCAGAGGGAGGACACCCUUGCAUUAUGCAGCUGCGCGUGGUCACGCCACAUGGCUGAGCGAGCUGCUCCAGAUGGCACUUUCUGAGGAAGACUGUUCUUUCAAAGAUAACCAAGGCUACACACCACUGCACUGGGCGUGUUAUAAUGGUAAUGAAAACUGUAUAGAGGUACUUUUGGAGCAAAAAUGUUUCCGCAAAUUUAUUGGCAAUCCCUUUACUCCACUGCACUGUGCAAUAAUAAAUGAUCAUGAGAGUUGUGCAUCAUUGCUACUUGGGGCCAUAGAUUCCAGUAUUGUCAACUGUAGAGACGACAAAGGCAGGACGCCGCUCCACGCGGCCGCCUUUGCUGACCACGUGGAGUGCCUGCAGCUGCUCCUGCGACACGGCGCCCAAGUGAACGCGGCCGACGACUCGGGGAGGACGGCGCUGAUGACAGCGGCCCAGGGCGGGCGGGCCGGCGCCGCAGAUAUUCUGGUGAACAGUGCCCAGGCUGACCUGUCUGUGAGGGAUCAAGACUCGAACACACCCUUACACUUGGCUUGUAGUAAAGGUCAUGAAAAAUGUGCCUUGUUAAUACUUGACAAGAUACAAGACGAGAGCCUUAUUAAUGCAAAAAAUAAUGCACUGCAGACACCCCUCCACAUUGCUGCACGCAAUGGCCUGAAGGUCGUAGUGGAAGAGCUGCUGGCCAAAGGGGCCUGUGUCCUCGCGGUGGAUGAAAACGGUAUUGGAAUUAGCAGCUCAUGCCUAUUUCUCAGAAGUCAUACCCCGGCCCUGGCUUGCGCUCCUAACAAAGACGUGGCUGACUGCCUGGCCCUCAUUUUGGCUACCAUGAUGCCUUUUUCUCCUUCCAGUACAAUGACGGCUGUCAACUUGGUUUGUUUUAAAAAAGACAAUUUGAACAGGACGACCCUCUCCAACCUGGGUAGCAUGGUUAGCCUGUGCAGUAACAACGUAGGCUCGGAGGAUGGGUACAAUGAGAAUGAUUCCGAUUCCGAAACGUUUUGACUUCAGACUGGACGAGUUUGUCCUUGAUCAACCAUGUUGGAGAAAGGGAAAGAAGCUUGAAUUCCAGGUUUAUGUUGUGUUUAAGUAUUACCGUGGGCCCGAGCCGCCAGAAGCCGGUAGGGAAGGAAUGAAUCACACGGAGAGGGCAGCGAGGCUGUAGGACAAAGCAUUCACACAGUGGGGCCCCAGUUUUGAUUUGUUUCAUGUUUUCCUUAGAUCUAAGAUACUCAUGGGAAAGUCUACCUCUCAUUUUAAGUAAGGAAUUUAAAAAAAUGCAUUUAAUUCUUUUUCUUUGGGGAUAAUGCACCGAGAGGGAACUGUUGUUCCCUAAAAAGUGGCUUUUUUUUUCAUGUCAGAAAUAUAUCAAUGUGACAUUCCCCAGGGAGGGGAAGAAAGGGGUAGAUAGAAAAUGCCUCUAACCUCUUCUCACUUUGAUGUUUACUUCCUUACUAGAAGCCAAAGGUAAAAGAAUUUAUCGUCAGAAAGAAUGCCUGUAAUAAUCUUUUUAAGGGAGUCCAGUUAUUCAUGUCCUCUCUAUAGUAAGCACUUAAAUAUCCAGAACUUCUUUCUGAGGAUAUUUGUUAAGGUUGCCAGAUGAAGGGGAAAAAUUCAUUGAAAACCGAACUUACUUUUUUUCAUUUAAACACAAAUAUGGCACCCACUGCUCCCCAUCACAAGUCUGUGACUUAUUUUCACCCAAGUGAUUGAAUCCAAAUCUGUCCAAUAACCUUUCAAGUGAAAACUAUAUUGCACCAAAACUUUGAGACAUACGAAAGUUUAAUAUGAAACUUCCCCUUUAUUGGUUCGUCCUUAAAUCAAUAGUAACUUUUAAAAAACAUCAAGACCAUCAGCAGUGUUCAUCAGCAGUAAAAUGUUCGAUGAGCUUCUCAGUCAAGGUCCUGCCAAGUGAGCGAAAGUGUGGUUGCAAAAGGGAACAAAGAAAGUAAAUGCAGGUGGUAGAAAUGGGUGAUGUGGAAAUUAAAGCCAAUUGGUAGCUGCUUGAUGAUGACAUCAACCUAGUGAAUACUGUGUCUGCUCCCUCUGCCAAAGCUUCUAGGUCAAAUGGACCCCGUUCCGCACCUGGAAUAGCUGUACAAAAAGAAGAAUGAGACUCUUUAAAAAUUACUCACAUACACGCGCGCACAUAAGUGUAUAUAUUUAUGUCUGUAUUUCAUCAACCAGCUGAACACGAGGACCAAAAUGCUUCAGUCUAAAAUGGAAGACUUAAAUGGUUUUUCUUCAAAAUGAAAGUGAGAACUGAAGUAGCUUUUCUAUGGAGUUAAAAAUGUAACCUUUUUGUGUAAUAGUCUUUGUUGUAUUUUAUAUUUCUUAUGACAGAGAUGUCCGGUUGAUGGCUUAACAUUUGUAACUGAUGAUGUGUUGACCACGGCUUAUUUUUUUGCCAGACUAGAAAAAAUGUUCAUAUACUUUUGAUGUAAAUGUGUUUAUAUUUAUUUGAAAUGAAACAAACACCGAGGAAGCGUCCUUUGUUCUCCCUUUUCAUCGCUGUGUGUCUUACUUGGAACAACACAAAAGCAGAAGAGCACACAGGGCCCUCCCUGGGCUGGCCAGCAGCCCUGGGCCAAGACCAGCAUUUCCUCUGCUAAGGUUUCCAGCCGAUCCUCAGGAUCUCUCACGUUGAUUGGAGAGGGGGACAGCAUCCAUCGCUCAGCCCAGUCUGUGGCCAACUUAGAGCUUAGGAGACAUUGGAGUCCUUAUGCUCCUCUGCCAGAUGAAAACUGAAGCAUGUAGUGGAUCAUAUGCACAGAAGUGGCCAAAAGAAAGGUUCAGAAAUUAUCCUAAAAGCACUGAAAUUUCACAUGGUCCCAGUAACCUCAUUGGAAACUGUAUCAGUGUGUGGACACGUGUACCAGGAGAAGAAAUAAAAAUCACCAGCUCAUGCUACUUUCCACUUGAAGAAGAGACAGGAAGGAAACGCUGCAUUUAGGCAAGUACUCUCCGACCGUUUUAUAAUCGGUUUCAUUUCACCCUGGAAAUUUCAGCUUCAUAGUGUAUGUGAGAUAUUUUUUAAAACAGUGUUUUAUCAUAUCUGGAUCAAAUACAGAUACUGUAUUAUAUUUCUCAUCUAACUGUAAGAGACUUUAAUCUCACUCUUUUACUCUGCUGGAUUUAAUUAAAAACUCAUGUUGGGUUCUUCACAAAUGAGAACUUGUUCCGAGGACUCAUAGAAUUGGUAUUAAUUUUACUGAAAUUUUUCAAUGCCACCAAUAUUGUAUUCUAAUGUCCCUCCUUCCUCUGUCCCUUUUGUUUAGAGAAGAUGAACUUUUAAAGUAGAUAAAUUGCUAAUGAGUAAUAAUGACCUUCUCAAUACCAAAACACUGAAAAUAAGAGAGAUCCAACGCUGAGAAGCACGAUCUACUGCGGUGUCUUUUUCUAGAAGUGAAUGGAAAUCUUGCUCCGUUGGCGUUUAAAGCAGGAAAAGAAACGUCUGCUUUAAUGGCAAACAAGGGACUUGGUCACAAAGCAGCGCCAGCCCUGCGACAUCAUCUCCAUGGAGCUGCGUUAGACUUCCCCCCUCUUUUCCUGAUAGAAAGGACAGAGGGGCAAAAUGAAAUCAUGCUUUCUCUGAACUGUUCCCUGAAUCAGUCUCUCCUCUUUCUCCCUCCCCACAAGGCCAAAUUUUUCCUUUAGGAAAUGACAUUAAAACCUCUGAGUUCUGUGUUUUUCAAGUACAUCUUAUAGAAAUAAAAUUAGAUUUGCAACACAGCUUUCUAAGAAAAAAAAAAAAAAAGCAAACCCAGAAAACAUUGUGCUUUUCAUUGAGUCUCAGUUGUUUCGUGCUUCUACUUAAAUGUGUUAUUUUUAGCCUGUAUUUUAACCACAGCCACAGGGAUCACGUUUCAUUGCACUUAGCCUCUUCGCCGCUGUCUGCCUAUCCUUGGUAAAUACAUUACUAUCUCCAGAUUGCCUAAAAUCUGCUAUGAUUCUACAGUAAAUAGCUCAGGGGAUUUCUAUGUAUCACUACUAAAAGGGCACCAUAGUAUGUUUUGGUACUUUAGGCAGUAAACAGCUGCUUGACUUACUAUUUUAUUAUUAAAUUAGAACAGGAACAUCAAAUGGAUUCGCUGCACUAGUUAUUCUUUGUACUGUUGAGCAACUCGGUUUGCUUAUUUGUUGCGUUGGUUGAAGAACUCAUCCCUUUUUUUUGUCUUGUAAUAUGAAGUUAGAGUGCCUUUUUAUAUUUGUAUAUUCUGAAAAUGUUCUGUGACAUGUUUUGUAUUUUUUUUCAUUUGAGUGUUAUCAGAGCAAUAUAAUACCAGUGAGUUUUCAUUUCAGCCUUUCUUUGAAUGUAUAAAGUGUCUUUUUUCCAAUUUCCCCUUUUACCUGCUUUGAAAUGGAAAUGGAAAUGCCGAAGUUUUCUCUAGGAGUUAUGUUUGAUUUUUGCAGUGCUAAAAUGCUUUCUUCUUACAAAACUGUAAACCAUAGGUCAGGUCAGUAUUAUAGGGGAAACACGUUUCAAGAUAGUGACAAUCUGAGUGUGUGUACAAAUGUAAUUCUAUGCGUUUCUUAUGCAGUGAACUAAAAGCUCAAUGCAAAUAUCUUUUGUUUGGUAGUUCGUCUACAUAUUUUAUGCUUUAGCAUGUGCAAUAUAUCUUUGCGAAGCACGAUGAUACAAAUCUGGUGCCAGUGUUAUAUUUUGCAUAACAUAUUUGUAACAGCAUAAAAUAUUGUUUGAUGAUUUUGGUGGGAUUUUGUCUGUAAUGUUUUCUUAUGUAAAUUGGGCUUGAAUGACUCUGGUAAAUGUCAUGACUGUAAAAAUGAGGAAAAUGACUUUGAGUUCAGUAAAUGACUUUGAACCAAUCUGAAUCUUCUCAAGCACAGUUUAAUACUUUUUCAACUACUGAAUGCUAAUAAUGUAAUGAAGUACUUAACUGUAAUAUACUAUGGAAAUGCAUUCAGAUGGUUAUUUUUACAAAUAAAAACGGUACAAAUAUUGUUGCA